AUGAUAACAGAACGUGCACACGGAGUUAAACGCAAGCUUACUGAAAUUGAUGGCGAUCAUGAGGUGCAUGGCCGCUGUCUUCAACGACAAACAGUGUUCAAUAUUUCGAUCUGCAAACUGCAGAAAAGCUUUACACGGCCAGAGCCCGUCCUCUUUAAAACCGUGCUCAUCUCCAAUACGCUUCGUCUCAUCGAAGAAGACAUUAGAGAAGAACGGAGGAGUUUAGAAAAAAAUGAUUUGAACGGACCUAGCGACGAGGAAACAUUCGCCAGAGUAGUCAACAUGCACGAACCAACGAAUCGCUCCGGUCUUAACAUCGGCACGCGAUCACGCGACGCCUGUGAAACUUCGAAAAGUUCUCUAACUUUUGAACAAGAACUGAAUAUUCUGGGCGACAAAAUGGUGAAAGAACUUGAGCUGGACAUGGAAAAGUCUAAGCUACUCGAAGUGUCCGCCAAAGAAAAAUCAGAACUACUCACUCAAAGCCCUUUAACGCGCUCUGCUGCCGAUUCGAACAACAAUAACCCGGGGUUCGAAGAACGUGAAAGAGCGGUCACCUCCAACUCGGAUGAAAUCAUUCGAGAAUUCACAUGCGGCAGUCUAUUGGGAUUGGAAUUAACCGAAGAACUGGAGUUUAAAGACGUAGAUGUUUCGCUCUAUGACUUCGACGUUCCAAACGGAUCGUUUCCGAUAGAUUUUGACGAGUUUUGCAGCGUGUGGAAUCUUGGAUCAACCAGUGUAGCAGCGCGGAGUUUGCCCAGCAGAUGUAGUGACAGCGUAAAGCUUGAGCGAGCAAACGAACAUAAUUUUGACGAUCUCGACCAAGUUAUGCAAAUUUUAGUGGGAUCUUAG